UUUAGCUGACAGCAAACUACUGAGGCAGAGUUGUGAAGGGAAACUAGGUCAGGCGCUACAGGACGAAAACCAGCCAUAAAAUCCACAUUUACAAGGCGUUUUUGUUGAAUUUACCACCUCCCGAACACACGGAGCACUUGUAUGGCCCAAUGAGGGUGAUCGGUGCGCCAGCUUUUACGCAGUUUUCGUAUGUUGGACCUGGUUGAAGCCGAGUGAUCGUAUUUUCUUCACAAAUCGCUGACGAAGAUAUUAAAACAGAAUGAAGCGUUGUCUGGAGCCAAGUGAGCAGCAGGAUGGGGGAGGUACCAGCGGCGCAGUGAAGAAGAAAAGCCUGAAAAAGUCCCAAAAACUGAGGAGGGACAAACAUUCGGAGGAGGAGGGAGGAGUGCACUGGGAGCGUCUGCCACAGGAGAUCUUACUGCACAUCUUUCAGUACUUACCUCUGCUGGACCGAGCAUAUGCCUCUCAGGUGUGCCGUGGGUGGAACCAAGCUUUCCACAUGCCGGAGCUGUGGCGGUGCUUCGAGUUUGAAUUGAACCAGCCGGCGAGCUCGUACUUGAAGGCCACACACCCAGACCUCAUCAAACAGAUCAUCAAACGCCACUCCAACCAUCUGCAGUACGUCAGCUUCAAGGUGGACAGCAGCCGUGAGUCGGCAGAGGCGGCCUGUGAUAUUCUCUCUCAGCUCGUCAACUGUUCUUUGAAAACUCUGGGACUCAUCUCUACGGCUCGACCAAGUUUCAUGGAGCUGCCCAAAUCUCAUUUCAUCUCUGCGCUGACGGUGGUUUUCGUGAACUCCAAGUCCCUCUCGUCUCUGAAGAUCGAUGACACGCCGGUGGACGAUCCCUCACUCAAAGUCCUGGUGGCGAACAACAGUGACACGCUCAAACUGCUGAAGAUGAGCAGCUGUCCUCAUGUGUCCCCUGCAGGCAUCUUGUGUGUGGCUGACCAGUGCCAUGGCCUCAGAGAGCUGGCGCUAAACUACCACCUGUUGAGUGAUGAGUUGCUCAUCGCCCUCUCCUCUGAGAAACACGUCCACCUGGAGCACCUCCGCAUCGAUGUCGUGAGCGAAAACCCCGGACAGCAGUUUCACACCAUCAAGAAGAGCAGCUGGGAUGCCAUGGUGCGCCACUCCCCGAAGUUCAACCUGGUCAUGUACUUUUUCCUGUAUGAAGACGAGUUUGGGCCCUUCUUUCGCGACGAGAUCCCAGUCACACAUCUGUAUUUUGGCCGCUCUGUCAGUAAAGACGUAUUGGGGCGGGUGGGACUCACUUGCCCCCGUUUGGUCGAGCUGGUGGUCUGCGCAAAUGGCCUGAGACCCCUGGAUGAAGAGCUGAUCCGCAUUGCUCAGCGCUGUACCCAGUUAUCUGCGAUUGGACUAGGUGAGUGUGAAGUCUCGUGCAGCGCUUUUGUUGAAUUCGUUAAGAUGUGCGGAGACAGACUGACGCAGCUGUCCAUCAUGGAGGAGGUGCUGGUGCCAGAUCAUCGCUACGGCCUUGACGAUAUUCACUGGGAGGUGUCGAAGCAUUUGGGGAGGGUUUGGUUCCCUGACAUGAUGCCCACAUGGUGAAGCUACGGUUCAGUACAAUGGUAUUCAUAUCUUGGCUCUAAAAUAUAAGCUACAAUUAGACCUGUCACGAUAUUUACUAUGUUGACUUAUCAUUCAAUAUAUGAUAGAUGAAACGGAGAUUUUUGGAGGUCAGUAUUUAUGCUUUUUUUGUGCUAGUGAGAAAUUUGGGGUUAUUUUUUCUGCAAUAUGAUCAAAUUUGAGCUGCAGAAAGUUAAAUUAUUAACUAAAAUUACAUAAACUAAUUACUGAAGUGUUGCAUUCUGAUAUUUAUUUAUACAGCUCAACAUUACUGAACAGCAUUGUACAUUUCCUCUUUUUGUGAGUAAUUCUGUUAAAUGGUUUAGUUUCAGUAUUAUCGUUUAUCAUAUAUAUUGACUUCAGCAAUAUAUCACACUUCAAAAUUUGUUAAUGUGACACAGUUGAUUCCUACUUCAUUUCCCAGUGAUUUUAUCUUAUUAUUAGAUUUAAUUUUUCUAGCCAUUAGGGCAGAGCAUUUAUCCUCAGCGUUUUUAGUCUCUGCAGAGCCUCCACAGUCACAGAACUACUUGACUUUUCCUUAGUACGAGUUUGGAUAACUUAACAUUUGACAAGCUUAAUUUUUGUAUUACAUUUAGCAGUCUGAGCUCUCUUCUUUUGCAUAUUACAUUACCUCUGUUGUUCGCUCUGGAAAGUUAGUUAUAAGAGCCAGGAUAUGAAUACAUUUAAGUUUGUAUAUAGUAAGUGCAAAUCAAUGUGUAACGUGGCCCCAAUCAUCUCCAGUUUGUAUAAAGUUCUGGCUAAGCGUUGUUUUAGUGUUGAUUUCUGCUUUAACAGAGUGCUUUGUAUAAAUAUUUAUAUGAAUCUAAUCUGAGUUUAUCUGUUUUAUCACUACUCAUAGAAUUUGGCACUUUUUCUAAGCUCUCAACAACUCAACUUCUCAAUUUAGUUUUAGAAGUGACAUUCAGCAUUUUCUUGUUAGUUUUUGCGUUUAAAUAGAUUGUAUAAGCUCUUUAAUAUAGUGUUGUCUUUGACCAUAUCAUGUGCAGGGAUUUAUGAAACUAACCUAACACCAAAACAAUAGCCAUCCUGUCACAAGUUUAGAGAAAAUAUUAUUUCUGUUUGACAUAUGAGAGUAUGCACAAAGUCCUCAAGUCCCAUUAAAGGGGCGUGAUCACCGUAAUAAGCUAGUAUGUGUUAGGUUUGAAUUUGUAUAAAACAAAUGUGUACAAUUUAUAUUUAUUUGAUUCAACAUCACAAGAAGCCAUUCACCAGUUUUUCUAAUAACGCUAUAGUAAAUCUGAAAAAUUCUGGGUUGUAUGUGUUUGAAGUAAAACAUUUUUUACAAUUUAUUUAGUUGUAACUAUUAUUGAUUAUAAAAAAUUCAAAAUGAUGCUUUCAAAGAUUAAAAAAAAGGGCAAAAUUAAUGGUGGUGGGUGGUAAUAAUGUCAUGUUUUUUUGGAUGUACUGUAUAACCAUGAAAACAGGUGCAAGACUAUUUACAUUUCAGAUAUACUAGACUGCUUUCAUUUUGACAUCUUUAUUUAAACAUAUAUGAGUUCUAGUUUUCACAAUAUUGCUUUAAGUGACUUUGACCAUAAUCACUGUAGUGGCAUAUACUGCAUAUUUACGACAUAAUUUAAUACUUAUAUUGUGUGUAUAAUGCAUAGCUGCUGUUUGCUUGGUGUGGCCCAUGUUCUGGUUGUAAAGAAAUACAGGGGGACCUCGUUUUGGUGGCUUUGUUUUUACUAAUGCACUUUGUACCAUGUUGAAGGAUUGUGUGCGAAAAAGUGUUUUUUUGAUUUUAAAAUUUUCCUAUAUUGUUAAUGUUUACUCAUAUUAAUCUAUCUCCCCAACAGCACAAGUACUAGAAAUAGGAGUAACACUUCAGUUUAGGGACCACAUAUAAAUCGCUAAGUGGUCAUUGGUUUGCUAAUUAUCAAACACUCAUUUAUGCUUAUUACGAUUUCAGUGUAUGUACAGAAACAUCUAUUGUAAACCCCAGUACUUUAAUGGAAAGAAAAUAAUGAUUUAAUACUAGCAAAAUACAGUUUUAGACAAAAAUACAUUGAAAAUACUUUGUAAAUACUAAUAUCUACUAUUAACUAGCUAUUCAUAUGUGGUCCCUAAACUAAAUUGUUAUCAAAAUAGGUUAUAUAAUCAUAAAAAAAUAGUUUUGUAAUAUGUAUAGAUCAAGUUAUGACCUUUUUACAAUAGAAAGACAGUCCAAAAGACCAAAGAUUGUCCAGUGCAUAUUGGGCAAUUUGUUUAAUAUACCUUCAAAAUGAGUAGUAUUGAGUGGAGGUGGAGGAACAUGUAAAAUAUAAAUUAAAAAUAAUCUUUUUUUGUAAACCACAGAUGCUUACUGUAGAAAUGAAUAUGUUUGUAAAAGUUAUUUGUUGACUGUAAUAUUUGUUUUAAGCAUCAUAAGUUCUCAAAGGUUCAUAUAGUUAAAAUGUGUGGCUGUACAGAAGUUUUGCAUAAUUUCCAGGACAAGUCUUUUCAAAUACCUGAUUUCUUUCACAAAUGUGUCAAAUAUGUACCAUAAUCAAAGGUUAUAAUGUUAUGUGUUUUAAGGGCAAGGAGGGAGAGGCAGCUGAAUGUUGAUCCAAUUGAAUGUUAAAGCACGAAAUGUUUAUGUUUGUUAAAUAUAGUUUUUUGGACCUGAGUAAUGUUUGGAUUAAGGUGGACGUUUGUGGUUGUUGUUAAAGUUAAAGUUGUUAAAGAGAGACCUAAUUGUAAAGUGAAAACAGUUUGAAGCUGCACAGUGUAACUUUUUGGUUGAAGGUCCAUCACCUGCUUUCUUUCUAUGACAGCUAUACCUUACAUUUAUUAAAUUACAGGCGGCUUUAUAGCUUAAAAAUUCCUAGAAAAACAAGCAUUCUGAUUAAGCGUGGUUGCCUUUUCACAGAUCUGACCUGUAACUUUGUCUGGUGUUGUCUCCAUGAUGAUAAAAAUUAUAAAAAGGUUUUAUAAUACUGUCACACAUUCCAGACAAAGCAAUAACAUCUUCAUGGAGAAAAGCAUCUGAUGGACCCUCCACCAGAAAAGUUAACAAUGCAACUUUAAAAUUCAGAUACUGACAAUCACCCAUUUAAUGCAAAUAUUUAAAAAGAAUCACCUUUAUUAAUGUCCGUAAUGUCUUUUAUACCUCCUCAGACAACACCUGACUAUUAAAAUGAUUUGUAUAUAUUUAUGAAUUAAGUUCAUAUAAUCACCUUUGUACUUACUUGCUUAUAGGUGGUAAUAAUGAUAGACAACAGGCAAAGUGCAAGAAAGUGCUGUCAUUAAAUGUUGUUAAACUAUAGGCAGAGUUAUGUUGAGUAAAAUCUAUGCUUUUUUCCAAUGUCCAAUGUUGAUUUAAUUGAAACAGCCUGGUGUUUUACUUGCUCAUAUGUCUCAAAUAAAAAAAAUGCAACUAUUGAGAUAA